AACCAGGCCUUUGUGUGUUAUUUGUCCAUAUAAUAAGUGCAAAAAUAUUCUCCUUUUUAUGCUAGGUUUAUUUCUUGAAAAUCAGAAACAAAUGCUCCAAUCCAGAGCUCUGUUUGUCACAGUAAUCCAAUCAAGUCCAAUACAGAAAGUGAUUUUUUUUUUUUUUUUCAUAUACAUAUACUUUUUUUUAUAUAAAGAGACUUGCUAGAAAGUUCAUAUAUUGUGUUUGUGAUUAUUCCUUCAGUGGGUAGUCAAGGAUACAAGUUGAGAUGGAGCAGUGUAAGGAGAAAGAAAAACUUGCUUUGGUUUGUUACAUCACCUUCCCAAUAAGAAACAGUCAUACCAAAUACGGCCUUGGGUCUGUUUCUCAUUUAUGACUCUCUCACUCUUUUUUCUCCUCUUUGUGCUUUUUCCUUCUUCUCUCUGCAGAGGAAAGUAGGAGGCGUGGAAAAAUUGGGUGGCUUUUCUCCAGGAUUCUCUGAGUUGUGUGUUCUGUCCCAGGCUGGAGUGAGUGGCACUGCUCCUCUGGAGAGCACACAGUCAGCUCAACGGACGAGAGUCUCACAGCAAAGCUCUAGCACACAAGCUAAUCAGCAUCAUCUCUGCCUGACCCAUCAAGAACAGUUCAUAGAAGGGAAAUACCAGGAAGAUAAUGACCUAAGAGUUGUCUUUUUGCAGAUAUUUGAAAUUCCAUAGAAAGACUGCGGAAUACAGCGCUCUGAAUUCUGUAUUCCAGAGCAGUCUAUUCCGAUGCUUUUGUGGACAAUGGGGACGAACCGGUUGUUACUGUAUGCCCUCUUGGGUAUAAUGGCUUUUGGUCUAUUCCCAAAACUUGAAGCUCAGGAUGCCCCUGGGCCAGCCGACCUUGUACUCUUAAUUGACGGAUCACAGAGCGUUGGAGCUGCCAACUUCCCCCUCAUCAGUGAUUUGGCUGUCCGAGUGAUUGAGGGGCUUGCCGUGGGCAGGGAUGCAAUCCGUGUAGCCCUUGUGCUUUAUGGUGACGAUCCCGAGAUUCAAUUCAAUCUCAAUAGCUAUGACAACAAAGAGAGCGUCCUCAGUGCUAUCCGGGGACUUAAGUACCCUGGUGGGUAUGAGGCAAAUCUGGGGGCCGCCUUGGAGGAGGUGGCAGACAGUCUGUUGGGCCAAGAUGCAGGAGGCAGGGCAGAGGAAGGGGUGCCCCAGGCACUGGUGAUAAUCAGUGCUGGGGAGUCCACUGAUGAUGUCAGUCAGGGCGAGAGGGCCCUAAAGCAGGCCAGUGUGUACACUUUUGGUAUUGCUGUGGGUGAUUCUGCUACUGCCCAACUGGAAGCUAUUGCUACAGACAAAAGCUUUGUUCUGUCCGCUCCUGAUGUCAGAACAGUGGCAAGCAUGGGUGACCAGAUACUGCCAUACAUUAAUGGGGUCGCCCAGCGCACCAUUGUGAUUGAAACAGAUUUCACAGAAGCCUUGGCUGUUGGGAAGAGAGAUAUAAUUUUCCUCGUUGACAGUAGCAUGGGUACCCUCGUAAUCAAUGCAGUGCGAGAAUUCAUCAGAAAGUUUAUUGACACCAUGCCAAUUGGACCUGAUCAGGUGCAGGUUGGAGUGGCCAUGUUCUCCACCACCCCAAGAUCAGAGAUCAACCUCAACUCAUUCAAUUCAAAAGAAUCACUAAUCUCUGCUCUCGCAAAAAUAAAACCCAAACCUUCGGUUGAAGUCAACAUUGGUGCUGCCCUGGAUUUUGUGAGAACCAACAUGCUCAGAGCUGAGAGUGGGAGCCGCAUUCAAGAUCAAGUGCCACAGCUUGUCUUGCUCCUGACCAGUAAAAAAUCUAAAGACGCUGUCCAACAGCCGGCUGAAGCUCUUCGUCAAAUGGGUGUUCUUACUUUGGCUGCUGGCUCCAGAGCUGCUGAUGAGGCUGAGCUCAGGCAAAUAGCUUUUGAUGAAAGUGUGGUUUUCAUGCAGAAGGACUUCAGGAUGUUGCUGCGCAACCCCAGAGAAAUCAUCUCCCCUCUCUCUACAUUGUCUGGUGUUGUUGUGUCAGAGGAUCCAACUGACCCAGUUGUGGAUGUUACUACAGUCCGCACCCAAAGAGUUGUCCGAGACAUUGUCUUCUUGGUGGACGGAUCUAGCUAUGUUGGAAGUAACUUUCAAUCUGUGUUGGACUUCAUAACUGGCGUGGUGAACAGACUAGAUGUUCGACCUGAGCGAGUGCGCAUUGGACUAAUGCAGUUUGCAGAAGGGCAGAAAACUGAGUUUUAUCUGAACUCUCACAACACCAAACAGGAUGUUCUCUCUGCCAUUGCUCAGCUGAGUUUGAUGGGAGGACGUGCAUUGAACACUGGUGCAGCCCUACAGUAUGCCCUAGCCAACCACUUCCAGCCCGCAGCCGGGUCUCGUAGGAGACAGGGGAUCCAGCAGGUACUGGUGCUAAUAACAGGAGGACCAUCUCAAGAUGAAGUGAAGCAGGUUGCUGACCGUGUAGCUUUAGCGGGUGUUUUGACUUUUGCUGUUGGAGCUGGCCAAGUGGAAGAGAGUUUCCUGAAAACUACUGCAUUUGUGGAAAGUUUGGCAUACUACAGAAGUAAUUUUGCUGACUUGUCAAGUGUUGUUGAAGAGAUUAUGACACCACUGAUCACUGUUGUUGGGGAGACUGAUACACCAGAGAUUGCGACACCAGUCCCCUCUGGUGGAGAAAGGGAUGUUGCAUUCUUGAUCGAUGGUUCUGAUGAUGUCAGAGGUGACUUUCCCUACAUCCGUGACUUCAUUUCCAAAGUCAUUGAGCCUCUGGAUAUAGGCAUCAAUAAAGUACGAGUUUCUGUGGUCCAGCAUAGUGAGAGACCUAGUCCUAACUUCUACCUGAACACCUACCAAACCAAAGAUGAGGUGCUAAGAGCUGUAAAUGGACUCACUCUGGCAGGUGGCAGAAGUUUGAAUACUGGUGCUGCCUUGACUUUCAUGAAAAACACUAUCUUGUCAGCAGCAUAUGGCAGUCGAGCUGGCGAAAAUGUUCCCCAAUUUUUGAUCGUUUUGACGGGGGGAAGAUCAAGAGAUAGUGUCAGAGAACCUGCGGUAGCCCUAAAGACUGGGGGAGUUGUACCUUUUGGUGUUGGAGUGAAAAAUGCAGACCCUAAACAGAUUGAGGCCAUCUCUCACAAUCCAUCAUUUGCUUUCAAUGUGAAGGAAUUCAGCCAGCUCAACACGGUUCAGGAAAGGCUCAAGAACUAUGUGAACCUUCCAGAUCAAGAACUGAAGGUCUUUCUAGAGAAAGGAAUUAACAAACGGGAUAUAGUUUUUCUCCUUGAUGGCUCAGAUGACUCCAGAAAUGGACUUCUUGCCAUCCGUGAAUUUAUUCGGAGAAUGGCAGAGGAUCUUGACAUUGACCAGGACAUUGUUCGAGUUGCUGUAAUACAGUACAGUGAAGAUGCUUUGCCUCAUUUCCUACUUAAUACUUACAAUAGUAAGAAAGCUGUAAUUUAUGCCAUUAAUGGCCUCACAGCAAAAGGUGGAAGAAACCUAAAUACUGGGGCAGCGCUAAAGUAUGUCAGGGACCAUGUUUUCACUACUGCUUCUGGAAGUAGACAUCAGCUAGGAGUCCCUCAGCUGUUGGUUUUUAUGACUGGUGGAGGGUCCAGUGAUGAUGUGGCAGGUCCUGCUGAAGAUCUCAAAAAAUUUGGAGUUCUCUCCAUUGCCAUUGGAAUAAAGAAUGCUGUAGAGGCAGAGCUCCAAAGCAUAGCAUUUUCACCUAGAUUUCUUUUUAAUCUUCCAGUCUUUGGUGAACUUUUACAUAUACAGCCCGAUAUCCUCUCCUUUAUCAAAUCCAAAAUGGAAAUAGAACCCCCUACUAUCAUUGUUGAAUUGGAUACAGCUCAAAGAGACAUUGUCUUUAUCUUGGAUGGGUCUGAUGACACCAGGGACGCGUUUAAACAAAUGUGUCAGUUUGUUCAAAGAGUGGUGGACAAACUCAAUAUCGGGCUCAGUGGAGACAGAGUGUCUUUAGUCCAAUACAGCAGAGAGCCACAAGUUCAUUUUUACCUGAACACACAUGCCACAAAGCAAGAAGUUCUCAAUUCAAUUGAGAAUCUGCAACACCAGGGAGGAAGUCCCCUCAACACAGGAAGAGCCCUUGAUUAUACAAAAAAGAACAUAUUCAUUGCCUCUUCUGGGAGCAGACUCCUGAAUGGGGUUCCUCAGAUUCUUGUGCUUGUGACUGGAGGAAGGUCUCAGGAUGAUGUUAGAGCUCCAGCUGCUGCUCUGAAACAGGACCAAAUUGUACUGUUCAGUAUUGGCAAUCAAAAUGCCGACGUUAUUCAACUCCAGGCAAUCUCGCAUACCCCUGGUCAUACUCUUACUGUUCCUCAGUUUGAUGACCUUCAAACCAUUGAGCAGAAGCUUCUAUCAUAUGUAAAAAGAGUUCCUCGUCAGCCCAGGAGGCUUCCACCAACUACAACAGAUGCUGAAAAAAGAGAUAUUGUUUUUUUAAUCGAUGCCUCGGAUGGCACAAAGGGAAGUUUCUUAGGAAUUCAAAACUUUGUUCAGACCCUGGUUCAGAAACUGAAUGUGGCACCAAAUAAAGAUCGCAUUUCAUUGGUCCAGUACAGUGAUGAUGCAGCUUUUGAUUUUCUUUUGAAUACACAUUCAUUAUCAGAUGAUGUUAUAAAUCAUGUGAAACGUCUAAUUCAUAAAGGAGGAAGCCUGCGUCACACUGGGGCAGCCUUACAGUAUGUAAAAGACAACCUGUUUACUGCUGCUGCAGGGAGUAGACAUUUGGAGGGUGUGCCACAGUUUCUAAUUCUGCUGAGUUCUGGAAGGUCUAAUGAUGACAUACGUGGUCCAGUCAAAGCUCUGAAAGACAUUGGUGUCAUUUCAUUAAGUAUUGGCACCACAAAUGCUGAUACACUUGAGUUACAAACAAUAUCCCAUCAACCAAACUACUUUUUCAUUUCUGAAUUUGAGAACAUUCUUGAUGUUCAAAAGAAUAUCUUAGCAUUAAUAAAAGGGGUAUCUUCCCAGCGGCUACCAACAAUGACUUCUCAGGUCUCUGACUCUGUUAAAAGGGAUGUUGCAUUUCUUAUUGAUGGCUCUGAUGAUUCUAAAAUUGGUUUUGAGGCAAUUCGCAGUUUUAUCCAGAGGGUAAUUGAGAGUCUAAAUGUGGAGGAAGAUUUGGAUAGGGUGGCGGUUGUUCAGUACAGUCGGGAUCCCACAGCUAAUUUUUAUCUCAGCUCAUACUCAACCAAAAAAGAGGUACUAAAUUCCAUACGUUCUAUGAGGCACAAAAGUGGAAGGCCACUGAACACUGGAGCUGCUCUACUGUUUAUUAAAGAAAAUAUAUUUACACCAUCCUCUGGAAGCAGAAGUCAUGAGGGUGUACCUCAGAUUCUGUACUUAUUUAGUGGUGGUAGAUCUGGUGAUGAUGUCAGAACCAUUUCACAGAAUUUAAGAGAAAACAAUAUAAAAGUCUUUACAAUUGGCACAAGAAAUGCUGAUACACUUGAAUUACAGACAAUGUCUUCAACACCAGCCUAUGCUUUCUCUGUUCCUGACUUCACCUCCAUCAACAGAAUUUUCCAAAGAGUUGCCUCUGUUUUGAUAAGUGGGGAUGAAAUACCUGAGGAAUUUCCAACUCCUGAGGGACAGGCUUUGGAUGCAGGAAGAAAUAUUGUGUUUCUUAUUGACGGAUCUGAUGAUGCUAGUGAUAGAUUCACAGCUAUACGAGAAUUUGUGGCAAGUUUGGCAGAAACAUUUGAUGUUGGUCCAGAAAAAGAUCGAAUUGCUGUUGUGCAGUUCAGUAAUACUGCAGCAACAAGCUUUAAUCUCAGUACACACUCAUCCUCUUCUGAGGUGGCAGAUGCUGUACGCAACCUCAAACCAAAAGGAGGAAGGCCACAAUAUAUUGGCCAGGCUCUACAAUUUGUUAAAGACAAUAUUUUUACCCCUAGAAUUGUAAGUCAGCAAAUGGACAGUGUUAGCCAAAAUCUUGUGCUUGUGGCUGGUGGCAGAUCAAGAGAUUCUCCUCGUGGACCAGCUAAUGCACUAAAGAGUAUGGGAGUAGCCAUUUUUGCUAUUGGGUCAAGGCUGACAGAUCCCAUUGAAAUGGAAGCCAUUUCUUCUCAGACAGAUUAUGCUAUGGCUGUUUAUGAUUUUCAUGACUUAAAAAAUGUCCAUCAAAGCCUGCUGACAAAACUUAUGGGUGUAAGUCAAAAAGGAGACACUAAAGUUGAUGGUAUAGGAUUUAAAAGGGAUAUUGCUUUUCUUGUGGAUGGUUCGGACAGUACAAGAAGAGGAUUUCCAGAAAUACGUGAUUUUCUGUACAAUAUUAUCACAAAUCUUAAUGUGGGAAUUGAUAAUGAUAGAAUCUCAAUAAUUCAAUACAGCAAUGUGGCUGUGGCAAAUUUUUAUUUAAAUUCAUUCUUAAGAAAGGAAGAUGUAUUGAAUGCAGUAAAAGUGCUUAGCCAUAAAGGUGGAAGGCCCUUAAACACAGGAUCUGCCCUUCGAUACGUAAAGGAAAAUAUCUUUAUAAGUGCCUCAGGGAGCAGGCACAAAGAAGGCAUCCCUCAAAUAUUAAUUCUUCUGACAAGUGGAAAAUCCAGAGACAGCAUUUCUGAAGCAGCCUUUGCUCUUAAAAAAACUGGGGUAUUAAUAUAUGGAAUAGGAGGAAAGUACUCAGACUCUGAUGAAUUACAUACAGUUUCUUCUGAAAAUAAUGUGCUCUCAUUGGCUGACUUCAGUGAAUUACCAAAAAUCCAGGUACAGCUACUGGAAGCAAUGAAAGCCAAUCCAAAUUACAACAAAAAGGAAUUGAUAGGCGAGGGUGAUAGAAAGAGGAGAGAUGUUGUCUUCCUGUUGGAUGGAUCAGAUGGAACUAGGAAUGGGUUCCCAGCAAUGAAAGAAUUUGUGCAAAGAAUGGUGGAGAAAUUGGAAGUAGCUGAGAACAGAGAUCGCGUUUCUGUGGUCCAGUACAGCAGAGACCCAGAGGCCCAUUUCUAUCUGAACACGUACACGACAAAGGAAGAAGUUCUUGACAGUGUCAGAGGUCUGCGGCACAAAGGAGGCAGACCCCUCUACACGGGGGCAGCGCUCCAGUACGUCAGAGACAAUGUUUUUACUGCCUCCUCCGGCAGCAGACGGCUGGAGGGUGUGCCGCAGAUACUGGUUUUGCUUAGCGGGGAAAGGUCAUUUGACAGUGUUGAGGCAGCAGCCUCUUCUCUGAAAAAGCUUGGCGUCUUGACCUUUGGAAUAGGAUCGAGGGGCUCUGAUAGCAGAGAAUUGCAGAGAAUUUCAUACGACCCCAAUUAUGCUCUGUCCGUGUCCGACUUCAGCGAGCUUCCAAAUGUCCAAGAGCAGCUGCUGGCCUCUGUCCAGGCUGUUUCAAUUCCCAUCACUCCAACUACACCGACUGUAACCGCUGAUUAUGUCGCACCCAGAAAGGACGUAGUGUUUCUGCUGGACGGUUCAGAUGGCACUAGGAAUUCAUUCCCAGCAAUGCGUGAUUUUGUGCAAAGAGUAGUGGAGCAAUUCAACAUAGAGCCAACCAGAGACCGUGUUUCUGUGGUGCAGUACAGUAGAGACGCCGAGGUCCAUUUCUAUCUGAACAGCUACACGACAAAGGAAGACGUUCUCGACCGUGUCAGAGGUCUGAGACACAAAGGAGGUAGACCCCUCUACACGGGGGCAGCUCUCCAGUACGUCAGAGACAAUGUCUUUACUGCCUCCUCCGGCAGCAGACGGUUGGAGGGUGUGCCGCAGGUACUGAUCCUGCUUAACGGGGGAAGGUCAUUGGACAGUGUUGAUGCAGCAGCCUCCUCUCUGAAAGAGCUUGGCGUCUUGACCUUUGGAAUAGGAUCGAGGGGCUCUGAUAGCAGAGAACUGCAGAGAAUCUCAUACGACCCCAAUUAUGCUCUUUCCGUGUCCGACUUCAGUGAGCUUCCAAAUGUCCAAGAGCAGCUGCUGGCCUCUGUCCAGGCUGUUGCGAUGCCCAUCACUCCAACUACCCCGACUCUCACCGGUAUGUGCAUGGCAGAACUUUACGAGAGCUAGCUCACAGCCUGUGCUUUGUUGAUCUUCCUAAGUAGUUGCGAGCAGUGGGACCAUUACCCACAGCUUAGGUAGUCGAUGAGGUGGUUAAACUAAUGUGACAUUCUAAAGAUGUUUUCAAAUGACCUGGUGUUAAUG